GGGGGACCCCCCACCGAGACCACGCCAAGAAACACACAUUAAUCUCCCGGGGGGGACAAAAGGGCAGGACGGCUGGCGCAGCACAAGGGCUGGGAUGCUGCCGGCUCCCCGGCAGCGCUGGGCGAUGCGAGCGCGAUGUGCGCUGUAGCGCGGUGCUCUCCGUCCGCUUUCCAGCACUGAGCUCCGCGGAUUGGCCCGGAGCACCCCGCUCUCCUCCCUCCCUGUCCUCCCUCCUCCAGCACCCUCCAACCCACGGAGAUUGGACAGCCUGGUGCCACAUGGCAGGGGAACCAGGAUAAAAGAUGAGCUGGACUUGGGGAAUGUAGCGUCCGCGGCAGAACAGCCGGCUGAAGUUCGCAGGGAGGUGGCACCAAACUUCCCCGGCUGCAUUGAGCCGGCACAGAGGAGGACAGACACAGACAGACAAACGGACGGACACCAGGGCUGUGGCCACCCAGGGACACUGCGGAGCAUCCCGUCCCCUCUGCGCCCAGCCAUGUCCUUGGUGGUGAAGGAGAAGAACCAUGUGCGGUUGGUCUUCUUAGGUGCUGCCGGCGUGGGCAAGACGUCGCUCAUCCGCCGGUUCCUGAUGGACACCUUCGAGCCCAAGCACCGGCGCACGGUGGAGGAGCUGCACAGCAAGGAGUACGAGGUGAGCGGGGCCACGGUCAAGGUGGAAAUCCUGGACACCAGCGGCAGCUACUCCUUCCCAGCCAUGAGGAAGCUCUCGAUCCAGAACAGCGAUGCUUUUGCCCUGGUCUAUGCCGUAGACGAUGCCGAGUCCUUCGAGAGCGUCAAGAGCCUGCGGGAGGAGAUCCUGGAGGUGAAGGAAGACAAAUUCCCUCCCAUCGUGGUGGUCGGCAACAAGGCGGAGAGCGGCAGCGAGCGGCAGGUGCCGGCGGAGGACGCCCUGUCGCUGGUGGAGCUGGACUGGAACAGCCGCUUCGUGGAGACGUCGGCCAAGGACAACGAGAACGUCCUGGAGGUCUUCAGGGAGCUGCUGCAGCAAGCCAACCUGCCCAGCCGGCUCAGCCCCGCGCUCUGCAAGAGGAGGGAGACACUGCCCAAGGAGCAGGGGCUGAGGCCGCCCAUGAACAAGACCAACAGCUGCUCGGUGUGCUGAGCCGGCCGCCCGGGGCUGGGGGGAAGGCGCCGGCAGCACCGGCACCGGCUGGAAACUCAGGUGGGCUGGGUGGGGAGAGGCGCCGCCUCGGCCAAAACCAACCCUGCUGCCUCCCACCCUUUCCCUCCUCUUCCUCACCCAGCCCGCCGGGAUCGGGGAGAGUUGGAGAUAGCAAGGAGGAGGGACCUGGAAGGGAUGCUGGUCACCAAAAGGGAGCGGGGAGAGGGUGAGAUCCCAGAAAGGUGGGAGGUGUGCCAGGGACACCGCCGUCGGUCAGCCAGCACCAUGUGUGUGUGCUGUGGCGAGCUUGCAGGCUGGCAGCAGGCACACAGCUCCUCCUGUGCUAGGAAAGGCGAACAAACAACAGGUCUUUGCUACACCCAUCAGAAGGUAAUUGCGGACACCUGUGCAGCUGCAUCCACCCACCGGUGCCCCUCUCCCGGGUCUCCUUUGGGUCCUGUGUCACCUCGCCCCGAGCACUUGCAUGUACAACCUCUUGGUGUGGCUACAACAGACCCAGUGUCCAAAGUAGUUUUGAUUUUGUACCUUGGGUAUGCACGUAGAGCAUGCGAUAGGGCAGUCUGUGCAUCUCUUAGGUUUUCUCUUUUCUAUUUUUGUGGGGUUUUUUUAAGCAUACCCAAUAAACCUGUUGUUGCAAAGUGGA